GGCCGCGAGGCUUUGUGCCCGCAGAGCCGCGUUCUUGCUUCAACAGUGCUUGAACGGAACCGGCUCCGCUCCGACCCGCUCCGACCCGCCCCGGCCCGGCCCCAGCUCCGCUCCGACCCGGCUCCGCUGCGCUCCGGCCCCCUCCGGUCCCGCGUCCCGCCGCCAUGGACUCCCAGGUGCGCCAGAACUACCACCGCGACUGUGAGGCCGCCGUCAACCGCAUGGCCAACAUGGAGCUCCACGCCUCCUACGUCUACCUGAGCAUGUCGUUCUACUUCGAGCGGGACGACGUGGCGCUGCCCCGCGUGGCCCGGUUCUUCCGGGAGCAGGCGCACGAGGAGCGGGAGCACGCCGAGAAGCUGCUGCAGUUCCAGACCCGCCGCGGCGGGCGCGUGCUGCUGCACGACGUCAAGAAGCCGGAGCGCGACGCCUGGGGCUCGGCGCUGGAGGCGGUGGAGGCGGCCCUGCAGCUGGAGAAGUCGGUCAACCAGGCGCUGCUGGACCUGCACCGCCUGGCAGCCGAGAAGGGCGACCCGCACCUCUGCGACUUCCUCGAGUCCCACUACCUGGACGAGCAGGUCAAGGCCAUCAAGGCGCUGGGAGACCAUGCCACCAACCUGCGGCGCCUGGCGGCCGGCACCGGGGGGGCCGCGGGGGCUGCGCUGGGGCUCGGCGAGUACCUCUUCGACCGCCUGAGCCUGGAGGAGUGCAGCUGAGCCCCGGCCCCGGACCCGCAACCCCCUGCCCCGUCCACGGGGGCCAGCCUGCCGGGGCCCCCCGCCCCGGCACGACUCCAAUAAAGGGUCCGUCCUGCCCCUCGC